AUGAGUUCCUAUUUUGUCAACUCCACUUUCCCGGUGACGCUACCGGGAACGGGUGCUGGCGGGCAGGCGGCGGAGUCGUUCCUGGGUCAGAUCCCGCUCUACUCGUCGGGAUACGCCGCCGACCACCCGCUCAGGCACUACUCGGGGGCAGCAGCCGUUUCCGCGGCAGCGGCCGUGGCGUACGGCGCCAGCGGCGGCGUGCACCAGGACAAACCGUACCCGGCGUCCACCUACUACCAGCAGGCGGCGAACGGAGCGUACGGCGGGCACCGGGCGGCGCCAGGCGUCGGCGUAGGGGGCGCAACCGGAGCCGGUGCCUGCGACUACGCCACGGCAGCUGCGGCAGCUGCGGCAGCGGCGGCGGCCACGAGCUUUUACCGGGACAAGGAGCACCCGUGCAGCCUGGAAGAGCACCAGCUCGCGUUGAGCCAGGACGGCAUGCGUAAAGCGGAGUGCGCUGGGCUGAGUGGAAAAGGGAUGUUCGGUGAGACGAUGGACGACAAGCUGCAGUCCUCAGCCCCCAUUUAUCCGUGGAUGCAGCGGAUGAACUCGUGCAACGGGACCUUCAGCAGCCCCGGGAGGCGCGGGCGGCAGACGUACACGCGCUACCAGACGCUCGAGCUGGAGAAGGAGUUCCACUUCAACCGGUACCUCACGCGGCGGCGGCGGAUCGAGAUCGCGCACGCGCUCUGCCUCACGGAGCGGCAGAUCAAGAUCUGGUUCCAGAACCGGAGGAUGAAGUGGAAGAAGGAGAACAAGCUGAUCAACUCCUCUUCUUCCUCGUCGUCCUCUUCCUCCACGGUGAACGGUGCAGAGGAAGAGGAGAAACGGACGGAGUGACAGGAGGUGGAGGAAAAACAGACAGAUGUAAGACGCAAGAGGAGGAUGGAGAAAAAGACACAAUGCUGGUGAAACCCUUCCUCUUCCCUUCUCAAAGUUGGUCCUGGCGUUUGGUCUGAUGUGAAAACUCUGGGAAAAGUAGCCUACAUUUGAUUUGAUUUUUAUUUAAUUUCUUUUACCUGAGCAGGGGUGAAACAUGUACAAAAGAAGGAAGGGGGGGAUUCCUUUUUUGGAUCCCUCAAAAAAUGUAUCCAACUGCCUCUCUGUGUGGUCUGAACAAUGGGAAACAAUUCGUAACAGACUCUUGAGAAGGAACCGUGUGACUGUGUAAAGAGCAGAUAGCCUACAAUUAAGAAAUGAGGAAAAAUAGAAACAAGAACAUAAAACGAGAGAGGG